AUGGCAACUGCAAACAAAGAGGAAAUUUCACCUGAUUGUAUUCCAGAAUUACCUAGGAUAGAUCCAAUCGAUCUUCAGUGUAUGAUAUGUCUUGAUGUUCUGAGAGAGCCAAUAGCUUGCCAAACAUGCGAGACUUCAUUCUGUUCGACGUGCAUCACUAAAUGGCUUAGUGAAAAUAAUAAUAAAUGUCCACUAAGAUGCAGCUCAUUCGUCCAACGACCAUGUCCUGCAUUCAUUAUUGAACAGCUCGCAACGAACAAGAAAAUGUGUGUUUAUCAGCCACAUGGUUGUAAUGAGGUCAGUGAUAUUCUAUUGCUAUUUUUUCGUUCCAGCUGAUAAACGUUCAGAGUGCGUCUUCGACAUCUUGUUUCAGCAUUUCAGCAUCGUUUCAGUACUUCUGAUGCUUGAAUAAUGCUGAUACAAGUGGGUGAGGGGAGCGAGACUCCAGGAGUACUUGUACUUUAAUGUACUCCACUCGUACUCGCGGAGUACACUGUAAAAAAAAAGAUAUUUUACCAAGCCCUCCAAAAAGGUUUCGUAGGUGUCUAAAAGCUUCCAAAUGCGUCCAAAUGCUUAAAAAAAUGGUUGUGAAAAUCUACGAAACCUUAAAAGGAUCGGGUCGCGGGCACACCGCCCGAACCAUCUCCUACGAAACCUAUUUAAGUUCCGUAAAGCGAAAAAAAGGUUUCGUAAGAAAAUACGAAACCUUCAUAGUUUCGUAGUAACCCUAUCGUUUCGCACUAUAGUUUUAUACGAAACCACAAGGUUUACUAGGAAACUAUGAAGGUUUCGUAUUUUCUUACGAAACCUUUUUUUCGCUUUACGGAACUUAAAUAGGUUUCGUAGGAGAUGGUUCGGGCGGUGUGCCCGCGACCCGAUCCUUUUAAGGUUUCGUAGAUUUUCACAACCAUUUUUUUAAGCAUUUGGACGCAUUUGGAAGCUUUUAGACACCUACGAAACCUUUUUGGAGGG